AAGAAAGCAGGCGUUGAUGGAGAGUUGUCUCUAAGCCUGAAUUUGACGCCAACCUUCAGCCAGCAGAGGGUCUCUUCUCCCCCCUACUGCUUUUUUUGAGUGAAAAAAAAAAACUAUCGCCCUGCCUGGACUGCAGCUCUCCAUCCGGAUCUCGACCGCAAUUCAGCAGAGAGAUUUAUCGGAGAUCUGCCCCCCCACCACACCAACCAGUACUGAAGCGUUACUAACCCAGACUGGGGGAGACUUGAUCCAACCACGUACACAGGCUCCACAUCAUCUUCACGGCUUGCGCGGAUGCAAACCUCCGGACUCUGCUGAGCGUUUGGAUUUGGGGAUUUUUUUUUAAAGCUUUUUCUGCCCUCAACUCUCCAGUCGGAUGUUCUGGGGUUUUCUUUCCCUUUUAUUGUGAGGCGGGGUUGUUGUUUUUUUUUUUAUUAAUAUUAUUCCGACGCAGGUAACUGAAGACCCUACUCUGUUGUUUGAGACAUUUCGGCUGCAGAUUGCUUCUCGCUCAUCUAGUUCUGGAUUUGGCAUCGCAGCGCCGAGCAUCUGAACGAGAAGGCUCAGUAAAGGCUCAGUAUGGAAUAAGUGAACUCUAUAGUCCCCCAUCUCAGAUCUCAGAUGUGAAUUUUUCGAGGGAGACGAGAGAGUGCGACCAGCAGAAUCAUGUGCUCUGGGAUCGACGUGUUGGCAUAUUGUGUAUUAGUUCCACUUUUGACAACUUUGAAGUGAACUCAGCAAGGAGCGCCAAAAAAAAUCAACGCAGUGUUUGGGUGGUGUGUUCCUGUGAUGUUAGUGGGAGCUGCCCAGCUCCGCCCAGACUCUCUGACAAACACCUGAUCAAGAUGCAGAUGCUGAACCUGUAAUGGAGGCCCUGGCUUGAUAUUUGGACCUGGAAAGUCAUCAACAAUGGAGCGGCUGGUUCUGUGCACGCUGCUGUGUGCGGCUCUGGUGAAGGGCUACAGCUGCCCCGGCCGCUGCAUCUGCCAGCACCUCUCCCCGACUCUGACGCUGCUCUGCGCUAAGACCGGCUUGUUGUUCGUGCCGCCCACGAUCGACCGCAAGACUGUCGAGCUGCGGCUCACCGAUAACUUCAUCACAAUCAUCCGCAGGAAGGACUUUUUCAACAUGACCAGUUUGGUCCACCUCACCCUGUCCCGCAACACCAUCAGCCAGAUCGUCCCCCACGCUUUCCUCGGCCUGCGCUCCCUCCGGGCGCUCCACAUGGACGGGAACCGCCUCACUUCUAUAAAAAGUGACCACUUUAAAGGCCUCAUCAACCUACGGCACCUCAUCCUGGGAAACAACCAGAUCCAUCUGGUGGCUCAGACCUCCUUCGAUGAGUUUGUUUCCACAAUCGAGGACUUGGAUCUUUCCAGUAACAACCUGCGCACCCUCCCGUGGGACGCUAUAGCCAGAAUGACCAACAUUAACACGCUCACCCUCGACCACAACCUGAUAGACCACAUUGGGGCGGGGACCUUUACGUUGCUGACGAAGCUGGUGCGCCUGGACAUGACGUCUAACCGGCUGCAGAAGCUGCCGCCGGACAGCCUGUUCCAGCACGCUCAGGUGCUGUCGGAGACCAAGGACUCCGGCUCGUCCACUCUGGCGGUCAGCUUCGGGGGGAACCCUCUUCACUGCAACUGUGAGCUGCUGUGGCUGCGCAGGCUGACUAGAGAGGAUGAUUUGGAGACCUGUGCCUCACCAGAACACCUCAUGGACAAAUACUUCUGGUCCAUCCAAGAGGAGGAGUUCAUCUGCGAGCCGCCGCUGAUCACCAAACACAGCGCCGCCAAGUCUUACGUGAUGGAGGGGCAGGGCGUGACUCUUAAAUGCAAAGCGGUGGGUGAUCCCGACCCAGAUAUCCACUGGCGGUCCCCGGACGGGAAGCUGGUCCAUAACAACUCCCGCACCAUCCUGUACGAUAACGGCACCCUUGAUAUUCUCAUCACCACGCUGAGGGACAGCGGCGCAUUUAACUGCGUGGCGUCCAACGCCGCGGGCAUCGCCACAGCUGCCGUGGAGAUCAACAUGAUCCCCUUGCCCUUGUUUGUCAACAACACGGGCCACAUGCGGGAGGACCCCGGCCUCUCCGACAUCACCACCUCCUCCAAAUCCGGCAAUGACACCAAAGGUUACGACAAGCAGGACAGGAGGGUGAUGGUGGCGGAGCUGACCUCGUCCUCCGCCGUGAUCCGCUGGCCGUCGGAGCGCCACAUCCCCGGCAUCCGCAUGUACCAGAUCCAGUACAACAGCACAGCGGAUGACACUUUAGUGUACAGAAUGAUCCCAUCUACCAGCAAGAACUUCUUAAUCAAUGACCUGGCUGCAGGACGGGAGUACGAGCUGUGCGUGCUGGCGGUUUACGAUGACGGCAUCACGUCACUGACGGCCACUCGCGUGGUCGGCUGCGUGCAGUUCCACACGGCCCACGAGGUCAGCCAGUGUCGAUUCAUGCACAGCCAGUUCCUGGGAGGCACCAUGAUAAUCAUCAUCGGCGGCAUUAUCGUCGCUUCGGUGCUAGUGUUCAUCAUCAUCCUGAUGAUCCGCUACAAGGCCUACAGCGGCCCCGUGGAGAGCAGGUCUAAGGUCAGCGCCGGCAUGCACUCGCAGACCAACGGCAGCCAGCAGCGGCUCCAGCGCUCCGCCUCCAAGCAGCUGUCCGACGACGGCCAGUGUGAAGCUCAGGCGCCCCGAGAGUGCAUGGCGCUGGUGCUCAGGGUGGAUCACGAGAAGAAGGAGGACCCAGCAUCCACCACUGCCAUCCUGGAGGUGGAGCUUUCUCCAAACAUAGACAAGAUGAAGAGAAGAGCCAGCAUGGACGUACAGCGCUCCGGCCCGCCGUCUGAAGACACGCAGACGGACAGCAGCCUGACGGGCUCCACCAUGUCGCUGUGUCUUAUAGGUCCCAACGCCGGCACCAAGGAGGCUCCCCGGCUGAAGGACAAAAAAAGCGCCCUCGCCAACGUGGGGCUGCUUCCAAACGAGCUGGCACGAACUAGGCACCGAUUCUCUUUUGAUGGUGGGGAUUACUCCAUAUUUCAGAGUCAUAGUUACCCACGCAGAGCGAGGACAAGGUGGCACAAGUCCACCAACCAGCUCGACGUGGAGUCUUCACCGCUCGCCAACAGGAGAGUUACUUUCAGCAGCACUGAGUGGAUGCUCGAGAGCACAGUCUGAGGAACGCGACGAAGCCAAGAAACGGCUCAGCUACUCGAAAAAACAUUCAUAUGUAAAAACACAAACGUCUACAUGCCAUAUAACACAAAGUUCCUGCGCGCAGCAGACGCUGAAAACAAGCACAUCUACUUAUACAUGCUAGAGUUCUGUGAGUUGCUGGAGAGGAGCCCCAUCUCCCUUCAUCAUGCCUCCCCGUCAUACUCCCAGAGAGGUUGGUUGGCCAUGUCCUUUCUUUAUGCAGCAGUGCCUUAUUCUUAAAAUGUACGAAUGGAGGAUGCUGCUCAAUGUAGUCAUAAACCUUCCUCUCUGUCAUCGCCUCCCACUCUGAUCACGGGAAGUGUUACUUUGGAUUUUUAAUUUUUACUGUUUUUCUGUGACACGCCAAGGGGGGUGUGAUGUUUGGAUGUGACUGUUUAAUUGUUAAAUAAAAAAAUGUUUCAAAAAAAAGAAGAAAAAAAACUUCAUCGAGCAGUAACUGUAAAGUGAACAGCCAGGUAUCAUGUUAUGUCCACCAUAUUUUUGGGUUCUUUCAAUAAAGGAAAAAAAAAAGACAAAAAAAAACAACAAAACUUUUGCACAGAAGACACGAGAUACGAGGACAAGUAUCGCCACCAGUCUAUACAAUAAUAAUCAACAAAAAAGAAAAAAGAGUUUUGUCAAUUUCUGAUGUUAGUAUAGGAAGGAUGGAUGCAGAAACCCUCAUGGAUUCCUGUUUGACAGUCGGACUGUAUGAUGUUAAAUGGGUAUUGUUCCAGAUGUGACUGUAUAUUAAUCAGUUCUGUAUCUGGCUGGUCUAGAUAAAAGACAACAGAUCAAGAAAAAAAAAGACAUAUAUAAGUAUAUUAAAACAUUGGUGUAUGUGUACUAACUAUGUAAGUAAGUAAGUCAUAUGUCACAUGACUUUUUACAGCGCAUUUGGGUGUUGGCUGCAAGUUUUUACAUUAAAAACCUGUGUCAUCACUCCUCGCCCUAUUUAGUAUGUCAAAGUUUGGACCAUUUAUUCCCUCACGCAGGGAUAUUAAAUUUUUUU